UAUAUAAAAACUUUACAUCGUGUCUUCUUCCUCGAUUACUGUUAGGUUUUGCAGAGAGUUCAAUUCUCCAGUAGUCAUACGUUGUAAAUCCAAUCAAGCAUACUUUUGAAAAGGAUUGUUUCACUGUAUUCAACUAUACAACACAAAAUCGCAAUUGCUGCACAUUUUUCUUUGGCAACUCGCGAAAUCGAAGGAUAUUGACAGUAUUGGGCGACAGUUCUGGCAAGGUCAUUAUAAUGGCGACCACAGCUUGUUUCAUUAUUGUUAGCAGAAAUGAUAUUCCUAUAUAUGAAGCUGAAGUUGGAGUAGCUGCUAAAAGGGAGGAUGCUGCUCAGCUGCAUCAAUUUAUCCUGCAUGCUGCUCUCGAUAUUGUUCAGGACCUUGCGUGGACUACUAGUGCUAUGUACCUGAAAUCAGUAGACAGGUUUAAUGAACUGAUGGUGUCGGUGUAUGUCACAGCUGGUCAUACCCGAUUCAUGUUGCUCCAUGACUCUCGUAAUGAUGAUGGCAUUAAGAGCUUCUUCCAAGAGGUGCAUGAGCUUUACAUAAAGACUCUUCUUAAUCCUCUGUACUUGCCUGGCUCCCGGAUCACAUCAUCACAUUUUGACACAAAAGUUCGGGCACUUGCACGAAAGUAUUUGUAGAAACCACUAGCCAGCUCCCGAUGUCACGUGGUUAACAAGUUUCUAGUUCAUAUAGCACCGAGGUUGGACUCCUACCUUGUUCAUUCUUGAUUAGCUUGUGAAAGCUCUUUUUUUUUUCUUCUUUUUUUCCCCUCAUGGUUUGGAGGCAAGGGUAGGUUUGCUGUUGUCUAUGAUGUUGUGUACAUGUCAUUCGCAUAACCGUGUUUGCUAAUGAAGGUGAUAUGUUGACAAAAACUCUUCCGUUGCCAGUGACUACAAUUUGUGAUACAUAUUAAUUUUGUAUUUAACUAUCAACUAUUUGAUUUUA